GCCCCCCGGGGGUCAAUGAUUGACGGAGGGGGCGGGGGGCCACUGAGGGGGGCGGGGCCGCGGGGGGCGGGGCCACUGAGGGGGCGGGGCCUGUCCGGAGUUGGGGGGCGAGAGCACACAGGACUCGUGCAAGAGGCGCUCGUGCAAACGCAGCUCGUGCAAAAGAUGUGGCAGCUCUGGGUCCCCCGCGGGGGUCGCACCCUCCUGGGGGGGCGGCUGUUCCAGCUGUUCCGGGGUCCCCCCCCCCGCACCGCGGCCACCGACACCGGCACCUACCGGCCCAUCCGCAAGGUGCUGGUGGCCAAUAGGGGCGAGAUCGCGAUCCGCGUGUUCCGGGCGUGCACGGAGCUGGGCAUCCGCACGGUGGCCGUGUACUCGGAGCAGGACACGGGCCAGAUGCACCGGCAGAAGGCCGACGAGGCCUACCUGGUGGGCCGCGGCCUGGCGCCCGUGCAGGCCUACCUGCACAUCCCCGACAUCAUCCGCGUGGCGCAGGAGAACGCGGUGGACGCCAUCCACCCCGGGUACGGGUUCCUGUCGGAGCGGGCGGACUUCGCGCAGGCCUGCGUGGACGCGGGGGUGCGCUUCGUGGGGCCCCCCCCGCGCGUCGUGCGCAGCAUGGGCGACAAGGUGGAGGCGCGAGCCAUCGCCAUCGCCGCCGGGGUGCCGGUGGUUCCCGGGACCCCCACCCCGGUGGGGUCACUGGAGGUCGCUCAGGACUUCGCCGCCCGUGUCGGGUUCCCGGUCAUGGUCAAGGCCGCGCACGGGGGGGGCGGCCGCGGGAUGAGGGUCGUGAGGGACCCCCAGGAGCUGGCCGAGGGCUUCUCGCGCGCCUCCUCGGAGGCUCUGGCGGCGUUCGGGGACGGGGCCCUUUUCCUGGAGAAAUUCAUCGAGCGCCCGCGCCACAUCGAGGUCCAGAUCCUGGGUGACCAGCACGGGAACGUGGUGCACCUGCACGAGCGCGACUGCUCCAUCCAGCGCCGGCACCAGAAGGUGGUGGAGAUCGCCCCGGCCGCGCGGCUGCCGCCCGAGCUGCGCGCACGCCUGGCCCGCGACGCCGUGCGCCUGGCGCGGCAGGUGGGGUACGAGAACGCGGGGACGGUGGAGUUCCUGGUGGACCAGAGCGGCGGUUACUACUUCAUCGAGGUGAACUCGCGGCUGCAGGUGGAGCACACGGUCACCGAGGAGAUCACCGGUGAGGUGGACCUGGUGCAGGCGCAGCUGCAGGUGGCCGCCGGCCGGUCGCUGCCCGAGCUGGGGCUGAGCCAGGAGAGCAUCGCGGUGAACGGCUGCGCCAUCCAGUGCCGCGUCACCCACCGAGGGACCCCGCGCGCCGGCUUCCAGCCCGACACCGGCCGCCAUCGAGGUGUUCCGCAGCGGCGAGGGGAUGGGAUCCGGCUGGACGGCGCCUCCGCCUAGGGCGCCCUCAUCUCCCCCCACUACGACUCGCUGCUGGUCAAGGUCGUGGCGCACGGCCCGACCAGGCCCACGGCGGCCGCCAAGAUGCCCGGGGCGCUGGCCGAGUUCCGCAUCCGGGGGGUCAAGACGAACAUCCCGUUCCUGCAGAACGUCCUGGCGCACCCCCAGUUCCUGGGGGGGGCCGUGGACACCCAGUUCAUCGACGAGAACCCCGAACUUUUCCACCUCAGCCCCGGCCAGAAUCGGGCCCAGAAGCUGCUGCAUUAUCUGGGUCACGUGAUGGUGAACGGCCCCAGCACCCCCCUGCCGUCAAGGCCAAGGCUGCGCUGGUGGAGCCCACCCCCCCCCCCGGUGCCCAUGGGUGCCCCCCCCGCGGGGCUGCGGGCCGUGCUGCAGCGGGACGGCCCGGGGGGGUUCGCGCGGGCGCUGCGGGGGCACCGGGGGCUCCUCCUGACCGACACCACGUUCCGCGACGCCCACCAGUCGCUCUUGGCCACGCGCGUCCGCACCCGCGACCUGGCCCGGGUGGCGCCGUUCGCCGCCCACGCGCUCAGCGGCCUCUGCAGCAUGGAGACCUGGGGGGGCGCCACGUUCGACGUGUCCAUGCGGUUCCUGCACGAGUGUCCGUAGCGGCUGCGGGAGCUGCGGCGCCUGGUGCCCAACAUCCCCUUCCAGAUGCUGCUGCGGGGGGGCGAACGCCGGGCGAACGCCGUGGGGUACACCAACUACCCCGACAACGUCAUCCACCGGUUCUGCGAGGUGGCCGUGGCCAAUGGCAUGGACAUCUUCCGGGUGUUCGGCCUCAACUUCGUGCCCAACCUGGUGCUGGGGUGGAGGCGGCGGGGGCGGCGGGGGGUGGUGGAGGCCGCUCUGUCCUACACGGGGGACGUGGCCGACCCCCGCACCAAGUACGACCUGGGCUACUACCUGGGGGUGGCCCGCGAGCUGGUGGCCGCGGGGACGCACGUGCUCUGCAUCAAGGACAUGGCGGGGCUGCUGACGCCGGCGGCCGCGCGGCUGCUGGUGGGGACGCUGCGCGACACGUUCCCCGACGUCCCCAUCCACGUGCACACGCACGACACGGCCGGCGCCGCCGUGGCCUCCAUGCUGGCGGCCGCCGACGCCGGCGCCGACGUGGUGGACGUGGCCGUGGACGCCAUGGCCGGCAUGACCUCCCAGCCCAGCAUGGGCGCCAUGGUGGCCUGCACCCGCGGGACCCCCCUGGACACCGGGAUCUCCCUGGAGAAGGUGUUUGAGUACAGCGAGUACUGGGAGGCCACGCGGGGUCUCUACGCCGCCUUCGACUGCACGGCCACCAUGAUCGGCAACGCCGACGUCUACGAGAACGAGAUCCCGGGGGGCCAGUACACCAACCUGCACUUCCAGGCCCACGCCAUGGGGCUGGGCCACAAGUUCAAGGAGGUCAAGAAGGCCUACGCCGAGGCCAACAAGCUGCUGGGGGACCUCAUCAAGGUGACGCCGUCGUCCAAGGUGGUGGGGGACCUGGCGCAGUUCAUGGUGCAGAACGGGCUCUCGCGCCAGGAGGUCGAGUCGCGGGCGGACGAACUUUCCUUCCCCCAGUCGGUGGUCGAGUUCCUGCAGGGCCACAUCGGGACCCCCCCGGGGCUUCCCGAGCCCUUCCGCUCCCGGGUUCUCAAGGACCUCCCCCGCGUUGAGGGCCGUCCCGGGGCCUCUCCCCCGCUGGACUUCGAGGCGCUGGGGCGGGAGCUGGGGGAGGGGCAGGGGGGGGAGGGGGCGCCCCCGCCCCCCGAGGAGCUGCUGUCGGCCGCCCUGUACCCCAAAGUGUUCCGCGAGUUCCGGCAGUUCCGCGACACCUUCGGCCCCGUCAGCGUCCUGGGCACCCGGCUCUUCCUCGAGGGCCCCGCCAUCGCCGAGGAGUUCGAGGUGGAGCUGGAGCGGGGCAAGACGCUGCACAUCAAGGCGCUGGCGCUGGGGGAUCUGAACAGCGCGGGGCAGCGCGAGGUUUUCUUCGAGCUCAACGGGCAGCUGCGCUCCAUCCUGGUCCGGGACACCCAGGCCAUCAAGGAGAUGCACGUGCACCCCAAGGCGCAGCGGGGGGUGAAGGGGCAGGUGGGGGCGCCCAUGCCGGGGGAGGUGGUGGAGCUGCGGGUGGGGGAGGGGGAGCGGGUGGCCAAGGGGGCGGCGCUGUGCGUGCUGAGCGCCAUGAAGAUGGAGACGGUGGUGACGGCGCCCGUGGGGGGGACGGUGACGCGGCUGCACGUGCGCCCGGGGAUGAGCCUGGAGGGCGACGACCUCAUCGCCGAGAUCGAGUAGAGACGACCCCCCCCGCCCCAAAAUACCCCCCUCCACCCAAAAAUAACCCACCCCCCCCCCAAACGCACCCAAACGGCGCCUUCGCCAAACGGCGCGUGGGCCCUUUAAGAGAGAGAAAGAGGGAGGGUACGUCAUGCUGGAGCGCCCCCUGCUGGGGGGAAACGGGGUACAGCCCCCCCCCCAAAAUAACCCACCCCGCCCAAAAAAUAAUCCACCCCCACCCCCCAAAACCCAUCCAAACGGCGCCUUCGCCAAACGGUGCGCGGGCCCUUUAAGAGAGAGGGAGGGAGGGCACGCCCGCUGGAGCGCCCCCUGCUGGGGGGAAAGGGGGUACACCCCCCCCCACAAUAACCCGCCCCAAAAUUCCACCCCUCAAAACCGCAGCCUCUGGCAAAAGGUACGUGGCCCCUUUAAGAGAUGCCCCAGAGCACCCACUGCUGGGGCACGAGGGGGCGGCUCUUAAUUGGGGAGGAGAUGCCUUAAUUGGGAAAGGGGGUACAGCCCCGACCCCUCCCCCCCCAAAAUAAUGCACCUACACCCCCCAACUAAUCCGCCAAACUGGCACCUUUGCUAAAGGGUACGCUGGCCCUUUAAGAGAGACACCGCCCCCCCCACCCCGCGUAGUGCCCCCUGCUGUGGGGAAGAAGGUACAGCCCCCCCCCAAUCAUAACCCACCCCCCCCAAAUAACCCACCCCCAAAAUCCCCUGAAAACGCAGCCUCUGGAAAAUGGUACGUGGCCCUUUAAGAGAUGCCCUGCCCCCACUCCGCUGCAGCGCAGGGGGGGCGGCCCUUAAUUGGGGGGAAACGCCUUAAUUGGGGGUCAGCUCCUAAUUGGGGCGGCUCAAGGCUUAAUUGGGGUCACCCCUUAAUUAGGGGUUGCUUCUUAAUUGGGGGCAUGACCCCUUAAUUGGGGGCCAUGGCUUAAUUGGGGGGGCCCUGUUAAUUAGAGGUCAACCCUUCAUUGGGGGGGACUCGUUAGUUGAGGGUCGUUUCCUAAUUAGUGCGGGGGUCACCCCUUUGAGGGGGCCACCCCUUAAUUACAGGGUCACGUCUUAAUUGGGGGUCACCCCUUUAUGGGGCAUCAUGUCUUACUUGGGGUCACCCCUUAAUUAGGGGGGUCACCCCUUAAUUAGUUCUCAUCUCAUAAUUGUAGGUCACCCCCUAAUUAGGAGGGGGUCACCCCUUAAUUAGGUCUCAUCUCUUAGUUUUGGGGGGUCACCCCUUUUUUGGGGGGUUGGCCCCUUUAAGGGGAGGGGAUUCUCGGGGGCCCCACCCCCCCAAUUUUGGGGCCCCUCCCCCCGUCCCUGUCGUGCUGCCCUUAGGGGGGAAUGGGACCCCCCCCGCCCCUCCCCCAUCGCUGCCAAACGCCCCUCCCCUCCGUGGGAAAGAGGGGGCGGAGCCUGUGACCAAAGGGGGCGGGCCGAGACUGGAAAAUGGAGGGGGCGCCCCUCCCCCACCCCCUCACGGGAGCAACCGGAAGGGGGCGGGGCGAACUGAGGCCCCGCCCCCGCGGCGGGCAAUAAAGAGACUGGACUAACA